CCUCCGACCGACACAAGAUAUGCUGUUCCCACUGUUUGUGGCCUCCGCUGUCCUCAUGGAGGCGGCAUUUGCGACUCACCAGCCGACACCAGAUUCGCCAUGGGUCAGCGCUGCUCAUCAGGGAAUCCGCCUUUCCACGUCCAUCUUGCCACGGUUAAAGAGCUUUGCCGAGAAACGUCACCAAAGCCUGCUGCCCUACCACCCUGUGGUGCGUUUCCGCGGUCUUGGUGGUCCUGGCGAGGCCUGGCCUGACGCAGCGGACUUGAUCGCCACCAGCUUCCGACCACUCACCGGCGAUAUCAUCGUAAAUCCAACCGACUUGGACGCGGUCAUCGAGAUCCUCAAAGAGGCGAACAAAGCAGGGGCUGCUGCCAAUUUUGACGCCGAACUAAAAGACGCCCUUAGCCUGAGUGCCGGAGAUCUGUUGCAAGCCCUGGAAGCCAUGUCCAGUAAGCAGGACACUCAGCCCAAGGGGAUCAGGUUUGGCAUCCGCCGAAGGUGAAUAGACAACGCGCCGCAAUUGAAGUAAUACCUCACAUGUUAAUAUAAAUAGUCAAUAAUGUGUAUGAUAAAAUAUAUGCAUAUUAUCAGCAGAGUUACACAGAAUAAAGUAACACUGAUUCAUUUGUCUGUAAAUUUAAUCUAUAGGCAUAUAUGACAACAUAGAGAUUAUGUGUACCGAUUACAUAACAUGAAAUGUAAAAAAAAUAAAAAAAAUAAUAAAAACACAAG